UCAUGCAGCACAGUUCACGAAAAUGAUCCGGAGGUUCUAGAACGUGAAAAGCAGAGGAACCUCAAAGGGAAACAGCACAAAACGUCCACGCCGCAUAAACAUGCCCCGGGAUGGAACGAAUAUUUAGCAUCCACAUCCGAAGCAAACGUCAAGGCCGAUCGUGCAGAAGGUACCCCUGAAGUUCUUCAGAAGUCGACUACUGAGUAUAUUCGCGCCCGUGAUUCUGGUGAAGAAGAUGAAUAUACGGAAAGGGAUAUACACGCGAGUUCGGAAUUGAAAGAGGAGAUACAGGGGCCCCUGCGCAGUGCGAAGGGAAAUGUGGCAGACCGUGCUGAGAGAAGCGAAGGCGUUCACGGUGGGAAGCCCUAA